UUUAUCUCUAUCCCCCACCUCCACAAAAACAGAAGGGAAACCAGCAGCUUCAAACACUGCUUUAGAUUAGUCUGCUCCUCAACGUAUGGUAUAUCAUAUAUCACCUCUUUGGCAUGAGAGUUGGCCUGUGUUACCUGCUCUCUUUUACUCUCACUUUCCCUUCAAUUCACAAGUCAGAGAAAUAACUUUACUAAGUCUGGUCUCAUUGCAGGAGCUCUAAUGGCGUGGAAAAGUGCAAGUUUAUUUGAAUGUGUGAUUAUUUUAAGUGUUGUGUUUGUGAUUGCGGAUGGAUAUCGACCCGUCAUUAUAGUUCAUGGAUUAUUUGACGGGCCAAUGCAGUUUACCCAACUGGCCAACUUUAUCAAUGUGACUCACCCAGGUACUAAUGUGACUACAGUAGACAUGUAUGAUGACAUGGCCAGCCUGAAGCCUCUGUGGGAGCAAGUUAAUGGUUUCCGAAAGGUAAUUGGACCCAUCAUGGAGAACGCCAAAGACGGCAUCCAUCUCAUCUGUUUCUCACAAGGGGGUCUGGUAUGCCGAGGAAUUAUUGCCACACUUCCCAAACACAAUAUCCACUCCCUGAUCUUUCUGUCGUCACCGCUGGCCGGCCAGUACGGAGUAACGUCAUACUUGAGGCACACCUUCCCAUCAUGUAUUAAGCAGCUCGUUUAUCAACUGUGCUAUAACUACUUUGGACAAAAGAUCUCAAUCUGCAACUUCUGGAAUGAUCCACACCAGAGAAAGAGGUACUUGAAGUACAACAAAUAUCUUGCCUUAUUGAAUGGCGAGAUCAACUAUCCUUAUCAAAAAGAGUGGCGAGAACACUUCUUGGAUAUUAAGAAGUUGGUGCUGAUUGGAGGACCAGAUGAUGGCGUUAUUACACCCUGGCAAUCAAGUCACUUUGGAUUCUAUAACAGCAACGAAACUGUGGUCGAAAUGAAACAACAGGAUUGGUAUCAGAAUGAUGUGUUUGGACUGAAAACACUAGACUCCAGAGGAGACCUGGUCCAGUGUAUUUUCUCCUAUGUCAAACACGUCUUCUGGCAUUCAAACCGGACCGUGUACUACCAUUGCAUAGAGCCGUGGCUCACAUAAGUAACAGAAGUCUUGAUACACACAUAUGAACCAUGACAUUGAUCAUUUGUUGCCAUUCUGCAUUCACAGAUCUGUCUUGUAAUUUUAAGAAAAAUGAUUGUUUCUGCAUGUAUGUAGAAUAGAAUUUCAAUGAAUAUUAAUUCAUUUUGAACUUGAUAUUUAUAUAUUUACAAUAUAAAACAACAAAAAAACUGAAUGUCAAACAUGCAUAUUGUUUUCCACACAAGAUGGUUUUAAGCCUGCUAUAAAAAAUAAAAAAAUAUUGCAAUUUUAAAAAAAAAAAAAAAAUUUGAAUUAUUUGGCUGUUCUUUUCCUGUCAAAAUACAUUAGGUUUGUAUUUUAUCACUGGUUGUAUACCUGCAGGGGACAAAACAUCUUGAUCUGCAACUUCUGGAAUAGAAAGUUGUUUGGCCAGUUCACACUGGGCUAAACAUGUAUGCUGUUGGUGACGUGACUGGUUUAUAUAAAUGUAGAGCAGUCAUUUGAGAGCACCACCAAAAGCAAACCUGAGUUUGUAAUCCACAUAGUAGCUUUGCUUAAUUAAUCAAUAUUACACUAAUCCACAUAGUAGCUUUGCUUAAUUAAUCAAUAUUACACUAAUUACAAUUCUUUUGAUUAUGCGCUGACAUUAU